AGACCGGUUGGUGAGUGCAUCAAGUGCCAUCGCCCCAUUCCGCGCUGCCACCCAUCCCAACCACCUCGUCCACAUUUUUCAAACAAUUCUGUUGGACCACUGUCCACCAUUUGAUGCUGUUUCCAGAUUCAUUUUUCAGAGCCUUUGAAAUUUGUGUGAGAAGUACGAAAACUGAUACAGAAUCAGAUAUAGGAGAUGUACAAAAACCGGAAGAAGGCUAUUUAGUAAAACAGAUGAAUUUCCACCAUGAAUUCUCAAUUGCCCAUGUUAAUUGCUCUAGCCUUCAUCCUACACUAUCAGAAUCAAUCCCACUUUCCUCUUUCCUUACUUUCUUGAAAAAGCACUGGUAUUCACUGCAGUAGAAAGUUUGUCAUUCCCCCCGUCUUUAUCUCUUUCCAAUUUAACUUCCCUUUUCCUUUAUCUGCACUCAAACUUCCAAUAACUUGUCAAGCAAUCUUUAACUAAUCCAAAUCCAGGUCACUCCAUAUUUGUUUCUUUUAGUACUAGCCAGUAUUUCGUUGUCUUCGUGCUGCGGUCAAGAAUGGACGUCAUUACUGGUGGGCUUACGGUUGCUUCUUCUGAUUCAGUAAACCACGAGGCUCCAUCAUCCUCAUCUUCUGCACAUGUUCAAGAACAAGAGGAGAAUGCAUUUGUUGCCCGUGAUCGAACCCCAAACGACCUUGAGCAGUACCACCCCCCGCAUCAGCACCGCCAUCGCCCGGUAUCUUAUCGCCUAAAUGUUUCAGUAUUUCAGGUGGUUAACGCAAGUAUCAGAGAUGAGGCGUGUGCUGCAUUCAUAGUCCUCGUCACUCUUUGGAUUUUGGCUUGUCUUGCUGUGAUACUGGGAUUUUAUGGACCUUCAAACAUUGAGUUGGGUCCUAAUAGUUCACGCCUUUUAGAUGCCAAUCCAUUUUUCGUGCAGUCAAUCAAGGUCAAGGAAUUACAUGAAUCAAAACACCGACCAGUUCUGUAUGGGUUUGAUGAAUUACCUCCUCUGGAUGUUAAAAUUACCUGGACAGAGGCACAUGUUGCAUUUGUUGAACCUGGAAACCACAGGGAGUGGCAAUACUUUCUGAACAAAGGGUCGAAAAUACGUGUUUCAUACUGUGUAAAAAGUCCAACUGGUGCUGCUUUGUCCCUUGUAAUAGUUGAAGGAAAAGGAAACCUUGUUGAUUGGAUUGGGGACCCAUCACAACCCACUACGACUUUAUCCUGGAACAUUAUCCAUGGAACUGGAACAGUAGAGCAGGAAAUUUUGAGAUCCAAAAUGUAUUAUAUUGCAUUGGGGAACUUGAACUUUGAGGAAGUGCAGGUUCAGUUGAACUUCACAAUAGAGGCUCUGACGUACAAUACAACUCAAGCCAAUUAUAAUUGCUCAGUGAGUCAUCGGCCUUGCAUUUGGAGGCUAUUUUUCAUGGGAAAUGCUGCUAUCAUCACUACUCCUGGCCCAGAGCUGGGUAUGACCAAUUAUAUAUGGCAUGCACAAGUAUCUUAUGGUCAACGAUGGAUUUCAUACUUUGUUGGAUCAGCCUCAGUGACCGUCCUCCUUAUACUGGCAACAAAACUUUGCUUCUCAUUUAGGAUUACUGGAGAAUAUGAGACAGGAUUCCAAGCUGGGAUGACAGCAUCUGAAAGAGCCCCACUGCUUUCUCAGAAGGAUGAUGAUCUUUCUAGUUGGGGCUCUGUUGAUUCAAUGUCACACGAUGAAGAGGAGUUGAAUGACUCAAUAGCCACCCCUGAUGGAAAGCAACUAAAGGAGGGAGACGGCCUUAAAGAUCAUAGACAGCUUUGCAUCCUUUGCUCGGAUGCAUUUCGCGACUGUUUCUUUCUUCCUUGUGGGCAUUGUGCUGCCUGCUUUACUUGUGGGAAAAGGGCCAUGGAGGAGGCUGGUAAAUGUCCAAUCUGCCGUAAGGCAAUGAAGAAGGUGAGGAAGAUUUUUAGCGUGUAGAUAUUGAGUUUCCUGUUUGGGAAACGAGUCUAGCACCGAGUGAAGUGAAACUGCUCACUGAAAAAAUGAUGCGGAAACCUUGCUGGAAGAUGCAUCAGAAAUGGAGCACAAGGAAGAUGCAUACCAUUUUUAGAUUGGGUUGCAUGAGCUUGACUACAGUUACAGGUCCAUGUAAAUCGUAGCUAAAUUUUUUCUUGAUAGGAAUCCUCAGUCUUCCAUGUAAAGCUUCAAACAAAUUUGAAGCAUAAUGGCUUUCUUUACGUGCCUAGAUCAGUAUAAAUAGACAAUUAUUGUAAGUGAAUGGUAUUCAACAUAGAAGUACAUGAUUUUCUGGAGGAA